AUGUUAUGCAAUAAACCCUGGGCUGAGCUUGAUUUCGUACUAAUGCCUGUUAACGUGAUUGUUCUUGCUCAUUGGAUAUUGUGUAUUCUUGACAUUAAGAUGAGAUGCUUAAAAGUGUUGAAUUCUAUGAGGUUUGGGAGGUACAAGAACAACUCAGAGAGUUUUGUUCGUGCAUUUGCUGUAAUAAUUCCUAUCUUACUGUCACAUGUUAAUUUCUAUGAGGGGAGAAAAGAUAUUGACAGGAGUAGUAAGCACUGGCAAGGUAAAAAAGAUACUGAUGCGUUUGAUAUUGUCGUGGUUGAUAAUUUGCCACAACAAGAGGAUAGUGAUUGUGGUGUUUUUAUCAUAAAGUAUGCUCAUUUCUUUAUGCAUGGAUUGAUUGAUAAGAUUCCUAAGAAGUUGGACAUUGCAUUCACUCGUAAGAAGUUGUGUGUUGAUCUGUUUGUUCAUGCAAAGAAGAAGGAGUUGGGUGGGUACGAGUCUACUUCGGAGCAUCCAGGAAGGAUGCCAUAGUUUUAUGUAAUAGAACAACAUGUUGGAUACCUAGUUUACAUUUUUUUGAACUUUAUGUGUAUUUUUAUGUCAUGUUGUUUUGUUUUUAGGUUUAUGUUUGUGUUUGUUUAAGAAACUGUUUGGAACAGUAAUAUUUUAGGAGACUCUUGCCUAUUUUAAUUUUGAAGUAACCUUUUGGUUUACUGGCACA